GAACAUUGUGAGAAGGUGCUUACAAUCAGCAGAGAAUGCGGCAAUAGAGACUGCGAAGCACAACUAUACCUAUCCGUUGGUGGUCUAUCCCGAUCGUUUAGUGAAUAUGAUAAGGCAACAUAUUAUUUACAGAAAGCUUGUUCCUUAAGCAGCCAAAUUGGACACAAAAUGACUGAGUUUCAAAGCCUUCUCGGUAUUACAGUUUUAAAGAUAUCGCAGUUCGAGGUUGUGGAGGCAAUGAAAUAUCUUCUUCAAGGUAUUGAAAAAUAUGAAAAAAUCAGAACUCUUCAGAAAGGAAACAGUGAAUUUAAAAUUUCUCUAUUAGAGGAACACGGUACUUUUCCCUACAAGUUACUCACUUACCUCCUUUGUGGUACCGGAAAAUUUCGAGAUGCUCUCUAUGCUGAGGAGCUGGGACGAGCAAGAGUCCUCGCAGAACUCAUGGCAGACAAGUACUCCGCUGAAAGCCACAUCUCAGCUGAUCCACGAUCAUGGUUCGGGAUUGAAAACAUCGUGAGAAGAGAAAGUAACAGUGUUUUUUUGUACAUUUCGUACGAAGAUCGGCAAGUUCUGCUCUGGGUAUUGAAAGCAAAUGGAGACAUUUUCUUUCGAAAAACAGACGAAGUGAAAAUAGACACUCUUAUUGCUGAGCAAGUUUGCGAAGUGGAAGGAGUUUUCAAAAAGAGCGCCAAAUGCUUUGGUGUUUUACCCACAGCGAACUGCGAAGACCGAUCGCUGGAUGACAACGUGACGACAUCUCUUCAUAAAGAGAGCCAAACAAAUUUGCGAGGUGACGAAACCAAAGAUACCGGAAGAAGUCAUCAUUUGUGCUACGAAUGGAUCGUCGCACCUGUGGCAGAUUUACUCACAGAGCCCAAAAUCAUCAUUGUACCGGAUCGUUUUUCGUACCGAGUCCCAUUUGCUGCCUUGCGCGAUGAACAAGCCGGAAAGUAUUUAUCGGAGAAGUACAGAAUACGCAUGGUCCCUUCAUUGACAACUCUCCGGCUCAUUCAAGAAUGUCCAGCAGACUAUCACAGUCAAACCGGCGGACUGGUUGUGGGUGAUCCUACGGUUGGCAAAGUGCAAUACAAUGGACGUCUCACUGACAUUAUACCAUUGUUCUGUGCAAGUAAGGAAGCAGAAAUGGUUGGUCAACUGCUGGGUGUUCAGCCUUUAUUGGGAAGUCGCGCAACAAAGCAGGCGGUUCUUCAAGCAAUACCUUCAGUGAGUCUGAUACAUGUUGCCGCACAUGGAAAUGCCGAAAGAGGAGAGAUUGCCCUCUCUCCUCAAUGUACUACUAACAGUACUCCACAAGAGGAAGACUACGUCCUGACAAUGUCCGACAUUGAAGGAGUUCAAGUGCGAGCUAAACUGGUAGUACUCAGCUGUUGUCACAGUGGGCGUGGAUUGGUUAAAAAAGAAGGAGUUAUUGGAAUCGCUCGAGCAUUCUUAGCAUCUGGUGCACGUUCAGUGUUGGUAGCAUCGUGGGCUAUAGAAGACAAAGCAACGGCGAAGCUCAUGAAAUGUUUCUAUAAACACCUUGUGCGUGGAGAGAGUGCCAGUGAAUCUCUUCACCAGGCCGUUCAAUGGUUGAGAAGCAAUGGAUUUUCCAAACCUUCCCAAUGGGCUCCGUUUGUGUUGAUGGGGGAUAACGUGACAUUUGAUUUUAUGAAAAAAGGGAAAGAACCGGAACUCGAGGUGGACAACAACGAGAUGGAGAAGAAACAGGGUGACUACUGA